AGGAGGACUGUGGACACUUUUCUCCUGCUUCUUUUUUUACAACUACCAAGGUGGCGAGGGUCUUUUAAGGCACCAAAAGGAGGGGUUGAGGAAGGAGGAAGGAGGAAACCUGAAGCCAAGAGGAAGGAGGAGCUGGCCUAUUGAAAAAGGAGAGAAUGAGUCAGAGUUGUGUUGUGAGAUCCAUCGAGGCACAAGAGAGAGCAUAACAGGUGUGAACAAAAGCGUGUGUGCGAGUGGCAGAAGCUGGGACCAUGCCGGACUGCUGGAGUCGCUUGAGGGUGCGACGAGGGCUCACCUUCAUCACGGGCCUGGUGGAGUGUCUUUGUUUUGCCGGCAUCAUAUUUGGGUGGGCCUCGCUUGUUUUCGUCCUCAAGAAGGAUGGUUACUUCGACUAUCUGUGCGUCAACAGCACAGGAAUCAAUGGCUCGCAGGCCUUAGAUUGCAGUGAACAGGAUGAGCAGUUAUCCCUGGUCUUCACCAUUGCAUCCUUCAUGAAUAAUUUUGUCACCGUUGCAAGUGGUUUCAUUUUCGACCACUUUGGCACUACGGUGGCUCGGCUCUUGGGAAUAGCUUUUCACACUAUGGGUACCUUGAUGGUGGCCUUCUCAAAUUCUGCUCUUUCUGUCCUGCUUUUCCCAGCCCUCUCCUUCAUAGCUGUUGGCGGCAUCAUCUUGCUCAUGACUAACAUGCAGGUGGGAAAUCUUUUUGGCAACCGUCGUUCAACCAUCAUCACUCUCUACAACGGGGCCUUUGACUCUUCCUCAGCACUCUUCUUACUUAUCAAGCUGGUAUACGAGUCUGGCAUCUCUCUCCGUGCCUGUUUCCUGUUCCUGUCCAUCUGCAGCAUUCUUCACGUGCUCAGAACUUUCUUCCUGUUUCCCAGAACAUUCAUUCCAUAUCCACUACCUGAUAACUACACAUACGGGCUAUCCUGCAGCAACCUAAAUAUUGCCAAGCAUUCUAUUAAUGUGAGCUCACGGCACACCACAAAGUCAGAGCAGGUUUCCAGCCAGGCAGCAGAAAAAACAGAGAAAACUUUACGUGAAUGUGUUCUGUCCAGAUUAUACAUAUGGCACGUAAUCUGGUUGUCUGUGAUCCAAUUGAGACAUUAUCUGUUCAUUGGCACUCUUAACCCAACACUGCAGAAGCUAACUGAUGGAGAGCCUACGCUUGUCAGCCAGUUUAUCAACGCAUUUGCCUUCACCCAACUGUGCGGGGUCCUGUGUGCACCCUGGAACGGCCUCAUCAUGGACAGAAACAAACACAAACCCCGGGCGGAAGGUAUGAGUGAACAAGAGUCAGACCUGAAUUCCUCAGUUCUAUCUCUCUUUCUGACAUCGUUGAUGGCGUUGGUGUUCUCAAUUUGUGCUGCCACACCACUCCUAUCACUUCAGUACUUUACCUUCAUCAUCCAAGUGCUCAAUCGCUCCUUCCUAUAUGGUGGGAACGCAGCAUUCCUCAGUGUGGCAUUCCCAUCAUGCCACUUUGGGAAGCUGUAUGGCCUCAUCAUGACUAUUUCGGCCAUCUUCUCUUUACUGCAGUAUGCUUGCUUUGCUCUGGUGAAGUCGGUUCUGCACGGAGAUCCUUUAUAUGUAAACAUCGCUCUGACGCUGGUUAUACUGCUGGCCUUCGUCCAUCCUCUGUCUGUCUUUUUGCACUGUCGAAGUCUUGCAUCACAGCGAGCCAAUAGGCAGCUUACAAAUUCGAGGCAAAUUCUCUGACUCUGUGACUGGAAUAUCAAUACUAUACUGUUGGUGCUCAUUUGAUUUUGAAAUUAUUCACAUAGUUAUAAUUGUGUUUUGGAUCACUAUGUCAUGUUUUGUGUGCUGUCAGAAGCACCAUAGUUGCUUCGUGUACUAACCUUUUUUUUAUUUUUAUGAAUGCAUAUGUCACAUAAAAAAUAAAUACAUACGUAUAUCAC